AUAUAAAAAAAGGAAAGAACAACGCACAUGGUAUAGUAGGUAAGUUAUCAUUGGGAACCGAAUCAUGGAUUAAGACUGAAUAACAUUUUCCCAUUUAUAUAUUCUCAGAUCCUUCACCUUUUCUCUCUCAAUUCUAUCCUCUCUUAAUUCUUCACUCCAAUAUUUUAUUUUCCACCCAAAUUCCUUUCUUUUUUUUCUCUUCUCUUCUCUUCUCAUCCAUAAUGUGGCCACAAUGGAUAAAAUCGUCGCGUCACCGCCGUGACUCGCCGCCACUGACACGUUCACUUUCUCUAUCUCGCACCGUCGAUUUCUCUUGUUCAUCUUUCAAAGACAUUCAAACUAUUCUCAAAGAUAAACCCGAACCAGAACCAAAUAGUCCGAAAUCUUCUUCGCUAUUCCGUCGAAUCCGGAUCUCGACUUCCGUCCUCCGCGCCUUAGCCGCCUCUCACACCGCUCCCCCACCGUCUCCCAAACCGGAAUCAUCUCCAUGCCUGGACCAGCGUAUAGUUGUCUACUACACAAGCCUCCGCGUCGUCCGCCGGACCUUCGAGGACUGCCGCGCCGUCAGAUCGAUUCUCCGAUGCUUCCCCGCCGCAAUCGACGAGCGCGACGUUUCAAUCGACGAUCGGUUCCGCGACGAACUCCACGAGAUUCUAGGUCGGAAAAACGUGACACUCCCUAGGGUUUUCAUCGGCGGAGUUUACAUCGGCGGUGUUGAGGAGGUUAAACGGAUGCUGGAUAACGGUAAAUUGAAUCGUUUAAUCGAACGGUUACCGAAGAGUAAUCAGAUUGGUUGUGAUUGCUGUGGAGGGUUCAGAUUCAUAAUGUGUGAUGAGUGUAACGGAAGUCACAAAGUGUUUACGGAGAAAAGUGGUUUUAGAAGCUGUUCAUCUUGCAAUUCUAACGGGUUGAUUAGGUGCCCUGCAUGUUUCUUCGUGCUGCCGCGACACAGCAGAUAGAUUACUUACUUUCUCAGUUACUUACAGUUGCAGCUCACAAACAACUCAGCCAACAGAAUCAAAUCAAAUAACUGAAAAAAAAAUAGUAGUUUUUAUUUUGAUAGAUUAACUUAGUUUUAAUAUUUUGUAUAUUCAACAAAAAUGUUAGGAUUUCAUUCAAUUUGAGGGGUUUUAAGUUUCUGAAAUUGAAGAGUGAAAUUGAUGAGUAUGAGGCUGUAAUUAAAUAUUCAGAAAUAUAUAUACUCUCCUGGUAUAAA